AUGAGGACAUUGAGACACAGAUUAUUUGAACUAGAUAAUAUCUGAAUGUUAGAAUGAGGAUGCAGAGUUGGACAGUUUGACCUCAGAUUCUAUACUUGUAAUUACUACACUGUACUGGUCCUGAAAUAAGCUCUAAAAGAUGAGUCGUGGAUAUCAAGAAAACAAUAAUUUUCUGAAUAAUAAUAACCAAAUGGUAUUGGAUAUGAUCCUUUAUCCAUUGAUUGGAAUCCCCCAGACCAUCAACUGGGAAACUGUGGCAAGGCUUGUGCCUGGAUUAACACCUAAAGAGUGUGUGAAAAGGUUUGAUGAACUGAAGAGCAGCGGCAGCUCUCCUGUUGACAAUCAGUAUAACCCUUUAAUGGCUGCUGGAGAGGGUCCUGUUGAGACGUUAGCCACCUACAUUAAAUCUUCACUUCUGGACACUCAAGGAGAUAUUCAAGAGACACCAGUUGAUCAAGACACAGUUUCCAAAGCAGGAAGACAUAGUAUAGCUUCCACAAGGAAUUGCUCUUCGGAAAGUGAAAAUUGUACUGCUCGUAAUGCUGGAGAAGAGACUGGAGAAUCUGAAGGGCCAAACAUGGUGAUCCAUGUAUGUGAUGAAGCAAAAAACUUGAAAGAAGAUUUUAUUUGUCCACGAGAUCUUUUGAUAUCAGAAAUGAAGUACUUUGCUGAAUAUUUAUCUAUGGAUGCCCAGCGCUGGGAGGAAGUGGACAUUUCAGUUCAUUGUGAUGUUCACAUUUUCAACUGGUUGAUACAGUAUGUUAAAAGGAACACUAAGGAGAAUAGAGAUUGUGAGAUUCCCACUUUAGAGCCAGGAAAUGUGAUUUCAAUCCUUAUUUCUUCAGAAUUCUUGAAGAUGGAUUCAUUAGUUGAACAAUGUAUUCAGUAUUGCCACAAAAAUAUGAACGCCAUAGUAGCUGCUCCAUGCAACAUGAACUGUAUCAAUGCGAACCUUCUUACACGCAUAGCUGAUCUGUUCACACACAAUGAAAUUGAUGACUUAAAAGACAAAAAAGAUAAGUUUAGGAGUAAACUGUUUUGUAAGAAGAUUGAAAGACUGUUUGAUCCUGAAUACUUCAAUCCAGAUUCUCGAAACAAUGCUGCAACAUUAUAUAGAUGCUGUUUAUGUAAGAAACUUUUAACCAGAGAAACAGAAAGAAGAAUUUCUUGCAUCCCUGGAAAAAUCAAUGUGGAUCGACAUGGAAAUAUUAUCUACGUCCACAUAAGAGAUAAGACCUGGGACAUCCAUGAGUAUUUGAAUAGCCUUUUCGAAGAGUUAAAAUCUUGGAGAGACGUUUACUGGCGCUUGUGGGGAACCAUCAACUGGCUGACCUGCUCCAGGUGUUGCCAGGCUUUUCUCUGUAUUGAAUUCUCACAUUGUCAGUAUCACUCAGAAGUGGUAGUUUAUUCUACCACAGCAAGUUCACUGAGCUCUGUGGGCACUGGAGUUUAUCCCUGCUGUAACCAGAAGGUUCUUCGAUUUGAUCCCACUCAGCUCAUAAAGGGCUGUAAAGUGAGGGACCACGUGGUUAUUCUUCAUGAUCAGGAAGAAAAUGAAGAUUUGCUUUCUUGUCCGACUACUAGAAUACUGGAUGAUCUGCACAAGCACAAAGAUGUCAUUGUUGUCCCUUUUUUUAAAGAUACAGCCAGUGAGCCUGGGGUGGCCUCCAGCGAGGAGAAGGUCCUGGAGUACGACGUCUUGCUGGAGCCGAAUACACCGUGGGGCUCCAAGGCCGGGGAGCUCAAUGCUUUCUUGUCCCUGAAAAACUGGACUCUGCAGUUGAAGCAGCAGUCACUGUUCUCAGAAGAGGAAGAGUACACCACUGGGUCUGAAGUCACUGAAGAUGAAGUCGGUGAUGAAGAGGAAGUGUCCAAGAAACAAAGGAAAAGGGAGAAGCCAAAGAAGUUUUCUAAGCAACCAAAAAAGCAGCUUUCUUCACCCUGUUCUCAAAAGAAAGAAAAGGCAUUGGAGAAGUCAACUUCUAGAGAUGUUUCUCCUUUUGUUGUGAGUAUGCAGAAGAAUAAGUGGGAUGCCACAAGAUCCUUGAGAUUCAACCAAGAUGCACAAAGAGAAGAUGAUCAGCGACGGAUGACUGAAAUUACAGGGCAUCUAAUUAAAAUGAGAUUGGGUGAUCUGGACCGAGUCAAGUCAAAGGAAUCAAAGGAACUCAUUGAUGGAGUGCAUGCCUAGAAGGCCCAGGGCCCUGGAUUCAAUCCCCAACAUCAAAAGUGGAAUGAAGUGCGUGGGACAACACAAGAGAAAAAUUUAUGGGGCUAGAGAGAUAGCUCAGAGUUAAGAGCGCCGUCUGCUCUUCCAGAGGUCCUGAGUUCAAUUCCCAGCAACCAUGGUGGCUCACAACCACCUAUGAUGAGAUCUGGUGCCCUCUUCUGGCAUGCAGGUGUACAUGCAGGCAGAACAUUGUAUACAUAAUAAACAAAGCUUAAAAAAAUUUACUACCUAUAAACUUUACAAAGAAAAACAAACUGAUCCUCAGUUAGAUAAAACUUUCUUAUCUGAAAAGCCUGUAAACUUUUGGACAUAUAUGCACACAUACACACGCACACCACUAAAUUAAUUGUUUAAGAUUUGUAUUUUCUUAGCUUUAACACUAAAGCAUAAUCCACAAAAGAAAAAUUAAUCAGAAUUCACCAAAACUUAAAGUUCUUCUUUAAAACCACUAGGUGAUGGAUUAGCCAGAGCUAUAUAGUGACACCCUGUCUCAAAAAAGAAAAAGAGAGGAUUAAAACACAAUUCAUAUAAAGCAAUAUACCAUGUCUCAAACAUUUGUUUGAUAAAGAAUUUCCGGAAAAGGAAGGGAGAAUGUUGUAAUUAAAUUAUCUUUAAAAAGCUCAAUAACUCAAUAAUAAAAUAAUUCAAUAAAAAUAAAUAGCUAAGCCAGGCAUGGUGGUGCACGCCUUUAAUCCCAGCAUUCAGCAGGCAGAGGCAGGCAGAUCUCUGAGAGUUCCAGGGCCCCUGACCUACAUAGUAAGAUCCAAGCCAGUCAGGGUGACAUGUAAAACCAUGUCUCGGAGUAAAAUAGCAGAAGCUGGAGAGAUGCCAUAGCAUUUACAAGCACUGGCUGCUCUUGCAAAGGACCCAUGUUCAGUUCCCAGCACCCACAUGGCUGCUCAUGACCCUCUGUAACUACUCCAUCCCCAGGGGAUCUGAUCCACAGGUAUGCAGGCAAAGCACGUAUACACACAAAAUAAUAAAAUAAUUUAAAAUAAUAACGAGUAAAUAAACCAGGCGAAGGCCUAGCCAAACAUCUUGAAGAAGGGAAGCAGGUAGCAAGUAAACAUGAACAGAAUAAAGCGCCAUCAGUCCCUGGAGAAACGCAAACUAACAUCCCAGUGAGGUUCUGCUUCUGAAAGUUGGGAAAUGUUUGUUUAAGUGCUUGUGAGGGUGUGAAACAAAUGGAAUUCUUCUAGACAGCUUGUAGCAGUGCCAAAGGAAUGGAAAUUGCUUGGCAGUUUUCAUAAAUGCCAUACAUAAAUAGUUACAUUAUUCAUAAUUGUGAAAAACUAAAGACUCCAAAAUGAUGUCCUUUUCCUGGUAAAUAUGACAAGGAAAAUUCUGAGAUUACCUCAGUUUAAAAGGGCUAGAGUUAAGACAGAGGAUGCUUAACUCAAAACAAGGUGUAUGGUCCACACUCUAGUCUCAGUGCUCAGGAGGGUGAGGUUGGACAAGCUUUGGGGGGUUCACAAUAAACUACAAAUAUUUAAAAUAAAGAAUAGAGGCCAGAGAAAUUAUACAGUGGCUAAGAGCAGCAUGAGAAUCGGAGCUCAGAUUCUAGCCCCAGCUGUGCUCCUGUGCAUACCUGGAACCUAGCACCUAGGGGAGAGGAGACUAAAUGGCUUGCUGGCUGCAUCCUAGCUGAAAUAAACUUGAGUUCCAGGCUCAGUGAGACACCCUGCCUCAGAGGAACAAGGCAGAAAAUGGUAGAGACAGUACUAAUACCUUCCUCUAUUCUCCACGGGAGCACAAACACACACAGAAUAAGUCCUCAUGUGUACAUACAAAUCUCUGCAUGGAUAAGUUGUCCAUUAUACUAAGUUAAGAAAAGUGUGGUGGUGCAGGCUUGUCAUCCCAGUACUCGGGGAGGCAGAGGCAGGCAAAUCUCUGUCAGUUCGAGGCCAGCCUGGUCUGCAAAAUGAGUCCAAGACAGCCAAGGCUACACAGAGAAACCCUGUCUCGAAAAGAGAGAGAUUGAAAAUGCCACAUAGUGUACGGCUCCGCUUGCGUUCUGUUGUGGAAAUGCUGAACUAACUGUACCGACAGGGCAGCAGGUCAGUGGUGGGUGGAGGUGGUAGAUGGACUGGCUUCAAGUGGGCUUCAGGGCGUCUCUGUAGGGGUGACCAGACUGGUCUGUGUCUUCAUUGUUGAAGGCUCUUACAAUGGCUGUACCCGGAACUCUGUACUAAAAUGGAGCCAGAGCUUUUCAGAUCAAAAAUAAAAUUACUUUCGAAAACUGGAAA